AGCUCGGUAGAUCUAUUUUGUUCCUUUCCUCUCUCAUUCCAUUAGAUAAGUCUCCUCUGCUCUCCUAUCACUGAAGAAGAAAAUUGCAGAGCUAAACAAUGGCAGCUGCUGGAUUCAUCACUGAAAGCAGAAAUAAAACUGCUCACUACAAUGGAAGGCUAACUCUCUAUGUCAUCCUCUCCUGUAUUAUGGCUGGAACUGGUGGGGUCAUUUUCGGCUACGAUAUCGGAAUCGCAGGUGGCGUGACAUCGAUGGAGCCGUUCUUAAAGAAAUUCUUCCCUCAGGUUUACAGAAAGAUGAAACAAGACUCUGAUGUUAGUAAUUACUGUAAGUUCGAAAGUCAACUGUUGACGUCGUUCACGUCGUCGCUGUAUCUGUCUGCACUUGUUGCCUCUUUCUUUGCAUCGCCGGUGACCAGAAAUUUUGGCCGGAGGGCAUCCAUGCUUGUGGGUGGGGUGUCAUUUAUGGCCGGAGCAGCGCUCGGAGGGGCUGCUGUCAAUGUGUAUAUGCUUAUAUUGGGCAGGCUCUUACUUGGUGUAGGUGUUGGGUUUGCUAAUCAGUCAGUUCCUCUAUACCUCUCAGAAAUGGCUCCUCCUCAAUACCGCGGAGCAAUCAACAAUGGCUUCCAAUUCAGCAUAAGCAUCGGGUUCAUCUCUGCAACUUUAAUCAAUUUCGGAACUGAGAAGCUCAAUGGAGACCUUGGCUGGCGAAUAUCUCUAUCCUUAGCAUCUGUUCCUGCAUUACUCUUAACACUCUCAGCAAUCUUCCUCCCUGAAACUCCUAACAAUCUCAUCCAAAGAGGCGCCGAUGUCCAAAAGGCUACUGCAUUGCUUCAGAAGAUUAGAGGAACUCCUGAAGUUGAUGAAGAGAUACAUGAUCUUGUUAAGGCUAGUGAGGCUUCAAAGUCUAUUAAUCAUCCGUUUCAAGAAAUUACUCGACAGAAAUACCGUCCCCAACUUGUUAUGGCCAUACUAAUUCCGUUCUUCCAGCAGGUGACAGGUAUCAACGUGAUCGCCUUCUACGCACCAGUCCUGUUCCGGAGCAUAGGACUAGGCGAGAGCGCCUCCCUCCUGUCUGCCGUCGCAACAGGCGUAAUCGGCCUAACCUCCACGUCCAUCUCGAUGAUCUUCGCCGACAAAAUCGGCCGGCGAGCCUUGUUCAUGAUCGGCGGAGUCCAAAUGCUCAUAUCCCAAAUAGCCGUCGGCGCAGUUCUCGAAUCGAAACUCAAAGAUCACGGCGGAGUCGACAAAGACUACGCAUACAUAGUCUUGAUCUUGAUCGGAGUCUACGUUGCAGGGUUCGGGUUGUCGUGGGGACCCCUAGGAUGGUUAGUCCCAAGCGAGAUUUUCCCGUUGGAGAUUCGAUCGGCGCAAAGUAUUAACUUGGUUGUGAGCAAUGUGUUCACGUUUGUUAUUGCUCAGACUUUUCUUGAGAUGUUGUGUAGUUUUAAGGCUGGGAUUUUUUACUUUUUCGGAGGGUGGGUGGUUGUCAUGACAGUGUUCGUGUACUUGUUCUUGCCUGAGACUGCAAAUGUGCCUAUUGAGCAGAUGGAGCGGGUUUGGAGGGAGCAUUGGUUUUGGAAGAGGAUUGUUGGGGAUGAAGAGGAGGGAAAGUAAGGGGAAGGAGAUGGUUGUGACAACUUCUUCAAGGUAAAAGAUUUUUAAGAUCUAUGAUUAUAAUUGUAAAACUGCAAUGUAUGCAAAAUGAAUUUUAUCAAAGAGAUUUGUCUCUUUAUAUAUAUUAUACAGUACUAGUCUUAA